UUGUUGUUUUGUUUUGUUUUGUGGACAUUUUUUAUUUUAUUGCUACAGCAAUUAUUUCAUAGAAUUUAUGAUUAUGCAAUACAAACUCAAAACCAAACGCAUGCCUUCAGUCUUUAUCCGUACAUAAGUUCCGUUAUAACAAAAACUACUAAAUCCAAAAAAAGUUAAAGUUAUUAUGCGCCUUUGUCAAUUGAAAACAAACAACAUUACCGUUCAAUCGACAUCAAAUUUGUUUUAAAAAAAUUGAAUUCAAAAGCUGCUUAAUCCGUGUUGGGAAUUUUCAAACGUUAAUCAAUCGACUUAAUCAUAAUCUGCCGUCAAAAUAGGUCUGUUUUCAAGGAAUUCGUUUAAACUCAACGACUACAAGGACAGCAACAUGGGAUUCGGUUCUCGUAUGGAUUGCUGCGGCCAGUUCGUUAAAUACAGUUUAUUCAUAGCGAACUUAUUAAUAUUCAUAGGAGGCUUAGUAGUAUUUUGCCUCGGAAUUUGGACCAUAGUCGAUCAAAGUUUUAUGAAUGAACUUCUUGGAACGAAUAUCUUUUCUGGUGCUGUUUAUGUUCUAAUUGUGACAUCAGUUUGUGUUUGUAUUCUCUCAUUUGUUGGAUGCAUGGGUGCUGCUAAGGAGGUCAAAUGCCUUUUAUUGACUUAUUUCAUAAUUGUAUUUCUGAUAUUUGUCAGUAUGUUAAUUGGAGGCAUAUUAGGAUAUGUCUUCCGGGAGAAGGUAUCACAAACUAUGCGUCAGGAAAUGAGAGCAUCUCUUGGUCAAUAUGGCAGUCGUCGUGCCAUCACUCAAGCCUGGGAUGAAACACAAACGCGUCUCAGAUGUUGUGGUGUUGACUCGUGGCACGAUUGGAAUCGUUACGGACAAAUUCCCGAAUCAUGUUGCCAGGAGAUAUUUGGAGGACAACGCAAACAAUGUGCACUUUUUCCAAUGAUCAGCAAUCUUUAUAGUCAGGGAUGUCUUAAUAUUACAACUGUAUACGUACGAGAUCAUGCAGCACUGAUUGGUGGUUCGGCAAUAGGCGUUGCGGUUAUUAUGAUAUUUGGUCUUAUAUUCUCAUGUUUACAAUUUAACAUGAUUGAAUAGUGUUAAGAUUAAAUUUGCUUAAAUUGUUCAUUGUUAAGUAUUUAUUUUAUUAAGAUUUCAAAAUAAAUUUUUGGUUUUGUUUUUCGAAAGCAGGUGCAAUCCUUCUUUUCAAAAAAUAGUUUAUAAAUCAGAGUAUGAAAGAAAAAUGAAAAACGUUUCUUCAAGAAUUUAAAAUCUUGUUAUACAAUCUUAAUUUAAUUGUAAGCGAAAUCAAUUUCUUAAUUAUUAUUAAUAUAAUUCACUAAUUUCUAUUUAUGUUCUGUUAUAGUUUCUUUUUGUUUUAUUUUUAAUUAUUAUUAUUAUUUUCAUUGGCAAUUAUUAUCAUUGUAAAUUAUUAUUUUGUAUUUAUACAUUAAUGUAUUUUGUUGAUGUUAACUUAAAAAAAAAGUAUUCUUUUGUUUGAUAAAUAUUUAAAAAAUGUUUGUUACUUAUUUUUGUUAGUUUUAAGUUUACAAACUAACAUUUUAGUAAAUAAUUCAAAACUAAUAAAUGA